AUGUUUUCAGACCGUUCCGGCAUUCCUUUACCUCGUCAUCGAAAAACUAUCACGAGUCAUCCAAUUCCGUCAUUAUUUGAUAAUCCGGGUGUGGUGCACGACGAAGAAGACGAGGGAGAAGGGCAGAAGGCAAAGGGAAAAGAAGAUGAAGAAGAUGAAGAAGAUGAAGAAGAAGAAGAAAUAGAAAAAGAGGCCAAGCAAAGUCUUGAUACCGCGAUCGGCUUCGCAUUCCACGAGAUGCAUUUGGUGGAGAGGAGAAGUCGCCCCUGCUGCCAAUGCCGUCGGUCUGACUCGCCACAUCGCUUAUACGGAGUAAUGCAGAGAUCCUUGCGGGAAAAGCCGUCCACCGGAAACUCUUGGUGUGUCACCGGCAUCCCCAACCUAACGGCGGACAUCCACGACAGAACUUGCAAUAGCAGAGUCGAGGGCAGCCCGCAGGCGUGCUGCAGAGUGGAUGAUCAUCGAUCUUGGGGGGUCCUGGUCUUGGUGAAAAGCUUGGAGAAGGUGGCCAGCCAAGAUCACGAAGAUGGGGUGCCGAUUAAUAAGGCCGAGGAACCGCCAGCCGCUUUCUUCAGGGUCCUCGUCGUCGUGAAUCGUGCAUCGACCCCAUGGAGAAGCGUGGAGCCGCAUCCAGGUUCUCCACGGCGAGGAGAUGCCGGUGUGUCGCGCAGUCGUCACUGGCCAGAAGAUGCUGAUGGCCUGUCUGGAUGGGGAUUAAACUGGUGGAGCUGGCCGAGGUGGCCGAGCCGUCGCCUUCGCAUCACGAUUAUCUUCUCCCAGCUCCACUCCAUCGUCGACCAUCAACGUCUUUCUCCAUUGGAGCGAUCGACAUCAGCAUCCAUAAUCAUGGAGCCACAAGCCAUCGAGCCUUCGUCCGAUGUUGUUCAUAGCAGCAAAGCCAACAAGAUUGCCCCCAUCGACGACCAUGCCGUCACGGGCGCCGGGCAUAUCACCGUGCGGGAGUCCCUCGUCCCCGUGGCGCUCGUCACCAUCCUCUUCUUCCUGUGGGGUUUCGCGUACGGCCUCCUCGAUGUCCUCAAUGCCCACUUCCAGACGGCUCUUGGAGUCUCUAAGGGUGCAAGUGGCGGAUUACAGUCUGCAUAUUUUGGUGCUUACGUAAUAGGCCCCCUUACCUAUUCCGGCUGGAUCGUCCGCAAGUUCGGCUACCGAUGGGCCUUCAUUGUCGGGCUGUGCAUCUACGGUGUCGGUGCCCUGAUUUUCUGGCCGUCCGGUGUGAAGCGAUCCUUUGUCGGCUUCUGUUUUUCCAUGUUUAUCGUAGGAAGCGGUCUUUCCACGCUCGAGGCCGCGGCCAACCCGUUCAUCGCAACUUGUGGACCUCCUAAGUACUCCGAGCUCCGUCUCACGCUCGCUCAAGCUUUUCAGGCGAUCGGCACCGUCGUGGCACCCGUGCUGGCCUCGCAGGUCAUCUUCAAGAAGGUCAACGACACAUCCCUGGAGUCGGUGCAGUGGGUCUACCUGGGCAUCGCCAUCUUCGUCUUCCUCCUGGCUAUCGUCUUCUUCCUCAUCAAGCUUCCCGAGGUGACCGACGCCGACAUGGCGGCGCAGGCGGCCGAGUCGGCCCAGGAUACCGACUUUGAGGACAAGCCGCUGCGGCAGCAAUACACCCUCUUCUUCGGUGUCGCUGCCCAGUUCUGCUACGUCGGCGCGCAGGUCGCCUAUGCCGCCUACUUCAUCAACUACGUCUCUUGGAUCCGCCCCGGCACAACCCACGCCACGGGGGCUAAUCUGCUCGCCGGCGCCCAGGGCUGCUUCGCCGUCGGCCGCUUCGUGGCCAGCGCGCUGCUCAAGUUCAUCAAGCCGCGCCUGGUCCUCAUGGGUUUCAUGACGGGCGUCAUGAUCUUCGCCGUGCUCGUUAUCGUCCUGCAGGGCGACGCCGGCAUGGCGUCCAUCUUCCUGGUGCUGUUCUUCGAAUCCUGCGUCUUCCCUCUCAUCUUCACCCUGUCUAUCCGCGGCUUGGGCCGGCACAGCAAGCGCGGCUCCAGCUUCGUCGUAGCCGCCGUGAGCGGCGGCGCGCUCUUCCCGCCCAUCCUGGGCGUCGUGGCCGACUCCUUCGACGGCAACACUCAGAAGGCCUUCUUCAUCCCGCUCAUCGGCUUCACUAUUGCAAUCAUGUUCCCCAUCUACUUGAACCUCUUUAAGUGGAAGACGCUCGACGGAUGGACCGAGAACGUGAAGAUUGGGACCGCAGCCGCCGUCAAGGAUAUCGAGACGGCGUCCCUGGGAGGCGCUGAUGAUGCGAAGAAUGGUGGCCGCACCAUUGAAAUCGAGAAGACGUGA